AACUUGGGCGGAGACACUUCCAAUAAUGCAGCCAUAGUAGACUAAAACACCAGUGAGAAAUCCAAAAAUCCAAUCACUUGCUCCAAAAGUGCUGUCUGAUCGAUAUAUACAUAUAUAUAUAUCCAUUGUUCCGUUCCGUGCUGGAUCAUACGACCUCCCAAAUGCACAUGCCAAAAUUUCAUGUGUAAUUGACAUAAGGCUCUCUCUCUCUCUCUCUCUCUCUCAGAGCUCUGUUUGAGAGUUUGUUCUUUACCUUUUGACAUGGGAGAAGUGGAAGCUCAAGAACUGCAGCUGAGCAUCAUGGUUCAAGCAGAAGCAAAUGAAGUAAACUCCCUACCAUAUGUUCCUAACCAGCUGUCUCGGCGCAGAGGUUUUAACUGGUGGCUUAGAAUGUCGAUUUACAGUGUGUUUGUCCUCGCUGGCCAGACAAUUGCAACACUUUUGGGAAGACAGUACUAUGAAAAAGGUGGUAAAAGCAACUGGCUUGCUACACUAGUACAACUUUGUGGCUUUCCUAUCCUGCUUCCCUUUUAUUUCAUUCCAGCAUUGAACAAAAACUGUCCAACCACAAAUAGUACUAUAGCAUUUGAGUCAAAGCCACCGUCUACAUUAGUCCUUGCAUCAAUUUAUGCCUCUCUUGGCCUCCUUAUAGCAGCAGACUGCUACUUGUAUUCAGUAGGACUAUCUUACCUUCCUGUAUCUACUUACUCCCUCAUUUGCGCAUCCCAACUCGCCUUCAAUGCACUUUUCUCUUUCUUCCUCAACUCGCAGAAGUUUACUCCUUACAUUGUCAACUCUCUUGUUGUACUGACUAUCUCAUCCAGCCUCCUAGUGCUUCAAGGAGACGACUCUGCUGACUCGAGCAAAGUUUCCAGGUCAAAGUACAUAAUAGGCUUCAUCUGCACCGUUGGGGCAUCGGCUGGAUAUGCAUUGACACUUUCUCUGACGCAGCUAGUCUUCAUAAAGGUUAUAAAGAAAGAAACAUUUAGAGUGAUCAUGGACUUGAUAGUGUUUCAAUCAGUCUUUUCAACCGCUAUUAUCUUGGUGGGAUUUUUUGCUAGUGGAGACUGGAAGGGUAUAAAGGAUGAGAUGGAGGGAUUUGAGUUAGGGAAGGUUUCCUAUAUUAUGAAUUUAACAUGGACAGCUAUAGUGUGGCAGCUCUUUACCAUUGGAAUAGUGGGGUUGGUAUUUGAGGCGUCGUCCCUCUUCUCAAAUUCUAUAAGUGCUGUGGGAUUGCCUAUUGUUCCAGUUCUAGCUGUGAUCUUCUUCCAUGACAAAAUGGAUGGGAUAAAGGUAAUGUCCAUGGUUUUGGCUAUCUGGGGAUUUAUUUCAUAUGUUUAUCAGCACUACCUCGAUGAUCGUAAGUUCAAGAGUGAGAAGAAAGCUGCCAAUGAUGAAGUUUCUAAAGCUUUUGCACAGGAAAACAUUAAUGGUUGAACAAUCAGCCUUCUGUAUAUGAACUUGAUUUUAAUUAUAAGAGUUUCACUUGCAUUUUUCAGGUCA